AUGGUACAUGCUCAAGCACACCUCCACAGUAACCGGAAGCACGUGACCUCCACAGUAGCAAUAAGAGCUGUUGACCCAAAUGAUCCAAACAGCGAGAGUGCUCUGAGUCAGCUGGCGAAGACUGAGAUCUCCCUCACUCUAACCAGCAAGUUUGAGCUGCUGGAAGGAGAUGACAGAGACUUAAAGACCCUCAGUACAAAGACAAAAAAGCUGAUUGUGGAUGUGAUUCGGAUCCAACCUGGAGAGACUUUACCUGAAAUUCUUGAGACUCCAGCCACUGCAGCACAGGAGUCAGAGCAUACUAGGAUUGUUGAGCGCAGGGCAGUCCAGGAUGCUCAGACACCAGAGGGUCUGAAGAGCAGCCCAGCACUUUUGGAGGACAUCCAGUUACCGCUCGAGCAGAAGAAGAGGAAGAUUAUCAGGAACCUUCGUAACCUGGAGCAGGCUGGCCUUGCUACUGCAAGUAACAAAUACCAGGACCUCAUCAACGAAAUAUCAAAGUACAUCCGAUACCAAAGGCGCUACAGACAGAGGAGGAAGGCCGAGCUCGUGAAGCUCCAGCAGACUCUGACUGCCCUCAACUCAAAAACAGCCUUCUACCAGGACCAGAUGAACUACUAUGAUGCCUACAUCAAGACUUGCCUGGAUAACCUAAACAGGAAGAAUUCACGCAGAUCUAUAAAACUGGAUGGGAAAGGGGAUGAUAAGGGCAGUAAGAAGUGGAAGCCCCAGUCUCUGAAGUACACUGCAGCCAAACUGCAUGAGAAGGGAGUCAUCCUGGAGGUAGAGGGACUGCAGACAAACCAGUUCAAAAAUGUCAUGUUCGACAUUUCACCCACUGAGGAAGUUGGAGACUUUGAGGUGAAAGCCAAGUUUAUGGGGGUUGAGAUGGAAAAAGUCCAGCUUCAUUUCCAGGAUCUCCUUCAGCUGCAGUAUGAAGGCGUGGCGGUCAUGAAGAUGUUCGACAAAGCCAAAGUGAAUGUCAAUUUACUCAUCUUCCUCCUGAACAAGAAGUUCUACGGAAAAUAAAGGAGAGAAAAAACAGAGUUGGGAGAAACCUGGUUGUGCCUUUGGACUGUACUGAGUUUGCUGAAUAGCACAAAAUGUCACGCGGUGCCGUGGUUUGUUUCUUCUGCCUAUAAUUUGAUGGAUCGCACCAAAAUGAAACUUUAUCGUCCACUUUGUGUACCUAUAUAUUUUUUCUUUCCCACGUGGUGAUUGUAAAUGUAAUGUAUUUUGAAGAAUUAAAUUGUGAUGUUCAUGUUUCUUGUCCAAAAGAGAGAAGUUUGAUGGAAAUA